AUGUUUUUUUGACCUAUUUUUUUUUGGCCUAUUUUUUUUUUGGCCUAUUUUUUUUUGGCCUAUUUUUUUUUGGCCUAUUGUUUUUUAUCCUAUUUUUUUUACCUAUCCUCAUUCAUGAAGCUGCUGAGAGGACUAGAACCUUAUUGAGAAAUAGAGACUUUUUUUACGCGAUUAAUAUUGAGUAAAUUAAGUGAAAAACUCCUAAUUAAAUCUAAAAUUUUCGAAAUUUAA